AUGCGCGAAUUGUUUCUAAAUCGAUUCUCCUCAUUACAUGACGAUCAUGAAUUUCUAUCUGGGUCUCCACCAACAAAGGAUAAGACCGGUCAGCUGAAAGUUCCAAGCUGUUCCACAUCGAAAGUCCCUUGUUCUUGUCCAAAGGGGCACUCGCGGGUAAGAUUCGGUCCAGUUCCCCAGGAAAGUAAACGCUUGGCAUUCUCGACAGGGACGGGCACCGAUUCCCACUACGUCAGCAGCGAGGGCGGCUCUGCUGGCUAUGCGGAGGACGAUUCCGGACAUUACGACGGCGGGGGCGAGUCAGGACGCUAUACGGAGGGUGGUGACGGACAUUACACCUCCGAGGGCGGCGGAACCGGAAAUUACGGCCACGACGAGGGGUACAGCGAGCAUUAUUCCUCGGGGACGGAAGGAGGUGAAGGGAACUCCUACGGCACCCACGAGUCCUACACCGGAGGCGAAGGAGGCGCCCAACACGGGGGAGGCCACUACUGA